GAGCGUCCAAGCGCGUAAUCUUCACCAGCCAUCAUUUCCCGCCGAACACUCGCGGUAUAAGCGCGUGAGGGAAUGCGCGAGUAAUGAUCGCGUGAGGAUAUUCAGUAAGAGCGACGGCUAAUUGGUGUGAUUCGCGUCCCGACUCCCGCUCGACUGACUGACUGAAACGUCGAGGAAAUAGUGAAAAUACUGCAAAAGAGCUGUUUUUUCACCUUCUUUAUUCCCGCAUCAAGAAGGGAGUCUUUAGUUUUUUGGAUAUAGGGCGUUUGAAAAAAAAAAAAAAAAAAAAAAAAAAAAGCCUUCAGGAGGAACACUUGACUAUUUAAAGUUUUGUGAGGACGGUUUUUUUGUUCGGAGGUGAUUUGUCAUGUCACUCGUAAAAGAGGACUAUGAAAAGGGAGACAUUGCGGGAUUUAUGACUUUAUACUGUCUGGGACACACUCUGAGAUUGAAGUGAUGCUCCUUUUGUUGGUGCUGAAAUUGCUCAUUGGAUAAUAAUCAGUUAUUUUCCCUUCGAAGUUUACCUUAGAAAUUCCCGCUUUGGUAACGUCUCGCGCUUGAGCGAUGUGGCACGCGACUUAAGAAAAUACUGACGUGCCGCAAAACACCUUUUUAGUCGCCGUGUUUAGUCAGCCCGUUUAGUUCGGGUGGAGGUGGGGGGGAUUCAAUUUCUCUCCGAACUCAUCACAUUAAGAUUAACACGGGCAUCUUUAAAAGGAUCUCUCUUUGGUCAUUUAUGAACUUGUUGAACACCCAGCCCUCUGCGGGACCACUGACAUCGAGUGAAUCUCAAUAGCAGUGCAGAUGCCAAGCUGCAACAGAGGAUGACUGACAGAAGGCAAAGCUGAGACGACUGUCAGUCAACAUCCAGCCAGAGAGGCGAUUCGUCAGUGUGUCAGAAGCCUUGCUCUCUCUUCAGUCCGACCGUUCACUUCGUCUUCUCUGCCUCUGCUUUUCUUAUCUCUGCCAGCACCAUCAACCCUGCCUGCUGCCCUGCCCUGACCAGAGGGCUGAGAUAGAAGCAUCAAGUCUAACUCUCAGCCCUGCCAUCUUUAAACUCACCAACAGGAAGCUGGCAUGCUGCUGUACCUCUUUUGGCCCACGCUCAGUAAAAGUUGGAUUAUUUUGUAAAAUAGGCCCAGAUCUUCCACUCCUUCUCCCUCUAUCUCUAUCUCUGCCUGUUGUGUGCUAUCUCUAGCAUCUUUGAGGGGAAGAGAGCAGACAGAUCCUUUACAUCACAGUGAAUAGUCUAUUAGAGGGGCGGCCUGCAUAAAGGAGGAAGCCAUGCAUUUCCCUUUGCUGUUGACACUGCAGGCAUCAUGGCUGACUGUGUGUCAGACCACGCAACACUAUCCCACAACUUGGGGACAUUACGACUUGUGCAAAUCACAUGGAUACACAGACGAGGGCCCGACCUGGUAUUACAUGGCCUGUCAGCCCGAAGCUGCGGACAUGACCAAGUAUCUAAAAGUGACCCUUGACCCACCCAACAUCACCUGUGGAGACCCACCAGAGACCUACUGUACCCUUGAAAAUCCCUACAUGUGCAACAACGAGUGUGAUGCAGCCACAGAUGAGCUGGCUCACCCCCCUGAGCUCAUGUUUGAUUUUGAGGGUCGCAACCCCACCACCUUUUGGCAGUCCACCUCCUGGAAGAAAUACCCCAAACCUCUGGCAGUCAAUUUAACCCUAUCUUGGAACAAGACCAUUGAGCUUACCGAUGACAUCGUCAUCACCUUUGAGUCAGGUCGGCCUGAGCAGAUGGUUCUGGAGAAGUCUCUGGACUAUGGACGUACCUGGCAACCCUACCAGUUCUACGCUACUGACUGCCUUGAUGCUUUCACUAUGGAGCCCAAGACAAUGAGGGACAUUACCCAACACACACUGUUGGACAUUAUCUGCACCGAGGAAUAUUCCCGAGGUUACGUGUGGAAGAAUGACAAGACUGUACGCUUCGAAAUCAAAGACCGUUUUGCACUAUUUGCUGGGCCCAAGCUGCACAAUAUGGCCUCACUGUAUGGACAAUUGGACACCACCAAGAACCUAAGAGACUUUUUCACCAUUACCGACCUGCGCAUACGUCUUCUCAGACCUGCCACGGGUGCCACCAUGGUGGAUGAGAACAACCUUUCCAGAUACUUCUACGCCAUCUCUGACAUUAAAGUACAUGGCAGGUGCAAGUGCAACCUUCACGCCAACAGCUGUAUCUUUGACAAAGAGAAACUGAUUUGCGAGUGUGAGCACAACACCACAGGGCCUGACUGCGGACGCUGUAAGAGGAAUUAUCAGGCCAGAGCUUGGAGUGCUGGAUCAUAUCUCCCUAUCCCCAAGGGCACAGCAAAUAUUUGUUUGCCAAAUAGCGUUGGUCCAGUUAUUCGGCAGAACAUUUCAUCCCUAGGUGUCGCUAACCGAAAUCAAGCUCCUCAAGUUGCUUUGUCAACCAUUCCUUCUGUACAAGUUGCAAACAGUAAGAGAGACUGUAAUUGUAAUCCCUUUGGCUCAGACUCUGAUCGCUGUAAUGGCACAGGAUAUUGUAAAUGUAAGGAGGGAGCGACAGGGGCUAAGUGCCACGAAUGUCUGCCAGGAUAUUUGUGGGACAAUGGCUGCAAAUCCCGGGUGUGUGACAACGAGCUUCUGCGUUGCCAAAACGGCGGCGUAUGCGUGAACAACAUCCGUUGUCAGUGUCCUCCGGCAUACAGCGGCCUGCUGUGCGAGAAACCCUGGUGUGAGAACGAGCCGGGUGGUUGCGGCGGGUCAGACUCGGGCCAGGCCUUUCACCGCCCCCCUGCGUUGAUGCUGCUAUUGCUGCUGUCUGCCUUGGGUCCUGUAUUCCUUGUAGAGAUCUGCUGGAUGACAGUCCUUUGAGAAGCGGAUCUCCAAAUAUCCAGCUUCUUCUGUAUAAGCAGCGCACCAGACCCACAACACUCGGCCGGCCAUGUGGAAUGUGCCCAAAUAUCAAAGCAAAAUUUGAGAGGAUGACAGACAAAAUACAAUAAAUAAAUAUGUCAAUAAAAAUAGUAUUUAUAAAAAUUUAUUACAUGUUAAAGUCUAAAAGUAAAAAUUAAUUUAUUUAUACAAUUUACCUGAGCAUAUGCUUCAUGAAGCAAAUGAGAGGAAGUAGAGAUGUGAACUUAGCCAUAAUAGAUACUCACUCCCCUAAAGAAAGUGACAGGGAGCAGAGCGGACAGACUCAUCCCUUUCCUCCCUGUAUCGCCACUGCAACGGGAGCUGCGUUCUGCCAGCGGCAUGUACAAGUAAAGCCAGCUGCUGCCCCUCACAUGAGCCAUUCUGGGUAUCAUGUUGGCUAGACUGCUUUCAGCUAUUUCAAAAAGGAGCAAUGGGGAAACUGUCCAGAUUGUGUGAACUGACAAUUACGAAAAAAUUAAAACAACAUAAAAAUAAAGAUAGCAGUAAUAAUGCUGAGAAAGACUCAUGACAAGAAACAUAAGCAUUCUUUUCUGUCAGUGCAUUGUGGAUAUAAGGAAAUAUAUUCAGACAGUCACAUCUGACCUGCUUUCAAAUUGAGCUUGAAAUUGGUUGUCCCAACAACACCAAACCCCACCCCACCUCGAACCCAACCAAGGAAAAAAAAAACAUUAGAGUGUCCUUUGUGUCAAGAGCCCUGUCUCUCUUCCACUCUGUGCUUUUGUAAAUGUUAUUCUGUAACCCUUGUUGGUUGAAUUAAAUUCAUUUAUAACUUUUUUUUUUCUUUUUUUUAGUCCGUGUGAUGUUAGUCACACUCAUGUGGUAUACCCCCACACCCCCAAUUCCCACACCCCAAAAAAUAUUAUAAAAAAAACAAAAAAAAAACAUAACGUUUAAAAUGUGUGCUGAGGCCACGUUCAAAAAUGUAUGUUUCACCCAAACAGAUGAAGUGCUUAGACAGUCAUCAGUGUAUUUAAUUUUUGUAUUAAUACAAAGUUAUUUUCUUGACAGAGUAAAAAUAAUGUAGAACAUAUACUUUUUUGUAUUAUUGCUGAAAUGUGUUUAAAGGCAACAUUUUAGUGCGUUCUAUCAAGGUGCAAAACAGAUUUAAAUAUUUGGUUACGUUCGUCCGAAGCUUUAUUUUUAUUUUUUAUUUUUUUUUAUUUUUAUUUUUUUAUUUAGUUGGAUUGUAAAGUUUUCCUAAAGUAUACUGGCAACGUGCUGGCAUCAAAGAAUAUCAGUUUACAUACAGUCUAUAUACUGAAGUGUAAAAAAAGAAAAUCACACCAAAGGACAUUCUAAAUGUUUUCUUGUUGCUUUAACACUGAAAAAUUUAAGUGAAUAAAACUUUAAAAAUACUUUAUGAAACUGUGUUAUACUGUUCUGCGUGUUUUUUAUUUCAAAAUUGUUGUGCAUCUAAACGAGAAGUUUGUUCCUGCAUUGAAAACGCAAAAUGUCUAACACAUGCAUAUAAAUUGCAUACUUUGCAGAACAGUGGAAAAUGCUUUAAACCUCAGAAUUUUCUGCACACCAUUUAUCUUGAAUUCAAUACAGUAAUGAUUUGUUUCAGUGAAACACAUUAUCGGAUGGGCAAAAUUAAAUAUUAACAGCUAUUGAUGUCUCUUUGAGAGCCUGUUUUAUGGAGUUGGUCUUGCCUGUGAGUAAACUGCCCAUCUACCGCUCAUGCUUGUUUUUAACAGAAACUUUUACAGCCGUUUUCACGAUUAUAGACAGUUGUCUGAAAACAAAGGCCUGUUAAAUGAUUCAUUUUCUGAGGAGAUGCCUCUCCUCUGCAACAGUUCAUUAGUAACUGGACACUGAUUUAUGAAUCCAUGUAUUCCUUCUUAGUAUGUUUGCUUAUGAAAAAAUAAAUGUUGUUUUAGUGAUGUUGCACAUUUAUGUUAUAUUUUAUAAACCACAAUUCUAUUUAAUAUUUCAUCUGGAAAUGGAGCAUUGGUGACCAAAUAACCA